AUGAUGAAGAGAGAUCCGAAAUCGGUUAUUCCGUUCAAGAGCUGCGCCAGAUGGAACAGAUCCAUAAAAGAGUGUCAGCGCUUAUUUGAUUACAUAAUACAACUCACACCACACCAAGUAAUGGACACACUAUCGGUGAAUAACGCCAAACAAAGCAUACAAUUACUAACCAAACCGUUGGCCGACAUCACGAAGAAUAUCGCGGAUAACGUUAAACAAUGCCAAAUACAUAAACUUCGGAUCGUAGAGCAAAUGUCAAACACGGGUCGUAAACCACAGUCUACGCCAACAAUUGAAUUAGUAUACACACCGUUACGCCAUCCCAAACUUGUUUGCACUAAUACCCAAUGCUCUACUAUUACGGUGAUUGACGCUGUACUACAAUGCCGUGCAUUCAAUAAAUACAGCAACAAAGAUCGCGAGUUUAAAGAUUCAAAUAGUAACUCAGUUACCAAGAUUACCAAGUCCGAGUUUUGUCAUAAAUGUGGUCAUAGUUACCGAGAGCAUUUAGGUCUAACGUACGAGACUAUUGAACAGCAUACAACAAUCCCUGCUGAUACCGAUAUCUCUACCGUUGGUCUGCAGACACAGAUACAACGUCUGGACCGACGGAUCGCCGAAUUAAACGCAGAAAGCGAGACAAUCAUUAACUCUAUGGCAAUAUUUGCCUGCUUUUUGGCCAACAAUACGUUGACCGCCUGUCCGGACGCCUUCGACGACUACGUCCGGCACUUGAUGUCGAGUCAACCGUACGGUACGGAUCCCGACAGACGGGGCACAAUCAACCCGUUCGAGCAGUUAUUAAAUAAUUAUCGACAUGAAAAACAAACGAUUAUCAAUAAUCUGCAGAACGGGGCUGUGAUAACCGCCGAGAAUAAAACUUAA